UGGUUGUAUUUAGUGGUGUUGAGGUUAGUGUUGAACGUGGUUGAACGAUGCAUGGUGUCGGUUCAUAAUUCAUAUGUGCGUGCUGAAAUCAAUUUAUUUUCACGAACUAAAGCAAUUAAUACGAAACUAACACAGGCUAGAUACGUUCGCGAAUUAAAAAUUUCUUUCGUGCAAAAGUAUUUUAUCCACGAACAUGCAGAGUAUCCGUCAGUGUGUUAAGCAUCUAGCGUCGUAUGGCAGAUCCGUUGUAAACAGGACGAAUGUAUUAUCAAGCGCGACAAAUCUUGCGCCAAUAUGUAACUUUCAUACUUCUUCGAUAUGCGAAGCCAAUUUGGGUAAAUACGAAGCCCCGAAGGGGUUUCUGAAGUACAAUGAGACUGUAUUUCCACCUCAACAGCCAGGUGAAGAAAGAAGACCUGCUUAUGUAUGCCAUAUGAAAGCUAAUAUAAAGUACAGUCCGAAGAAGAUGUGGUACAUCGCGGGCUUUGUGCGAGGAAUGUCCGUGGACGAGGCUGUAAAGCAAUUGAGUUUUAUGUACAAGAAGGGCGCUGAGAUUGCGAAGGAAGUUAUAUUGGAAGCUCAGCGCUUGGCCGUGGAGGAGCACAACGUUGAAUUUAAAAGUAAUCUGUGGGUCGCGGAAUCGUUCAGUACGAAAGGUAUUGUUAUAAAGGGAAUACGGCGACAUGCCAGGGCAAGGGCGGGACUCGUGCACUACAGGUAUUGCCAUUAUUUCGUACGCUUGGAAGAAGGACCGCCACCUAAGCAUUAUUACCUGCCGUAUCCCAAGACCGGCGAGGAAUUGUUGAACGACUGGUUGCAAAAGAUGCAUAUGCGUAAAGUACCGAAUUCUCUGUAAUAUUAUACGAAUGUAAUUGUAAUACUGUAAAUAUAUACCGAAUGAAAGCCACAAUACAAAUUAUAUAUCUCAAAGAUA